AUGACUGAACAAUACGCCGCUGGAAUCCCCUUGCGCGUCACCGAGUAUGCGAACAGCGUGAAGAAGAAAUUCGAGGAAAACGCCAAUCAAUCGCAUAUCCACCCGCGGGCGGGAUCAGGUGCAGACCUUCCGGUGUUGCCUCCUGGGAUCACUCGGGAGGACUUCAACGCCGCUAUCGACGACCUGAAGCCCCUCGUCGACGGGUUCGUGGAGUUGGUCGACGGCGACCUCGACGACGGGUGGUAUUUACACCGGCCACUGACACAUGACGUGUAUGCGCUCGACCAGGAAAGUUACUUCGUCAACAGUGCCGUUUGUUCACCGGGCAGUGUCGGGCAGGUUCAAGAUGUCGUUCGUUGGGCCAAUAAAUGGCUGAUCCCUAUUUAUGCUGUCUCGAUGGGAAGGAAUUUCGGCUAUGGGGGUGCCGCUGCUCGCGUUCAAGGCUCUGUAGUGCUCGAUAUGGGACGGAGGAUGAACAAGGUUCUAGAGUUGAACGAACAGAGUGCCUUCUGUCUCCUCGAACCAGGUGUCUCGUACUACAUGCUCUUUGAUGCGAUCAAAGAGUCGGGGAAGAAGCUCUGGGUCGACGUCCCUGAUCUCGGCGGCGGGAGUAUAAUGGGGAAUGCCUUGGAUCGCGGCGUAGGGUACACACCGUACGGAGAUCACUUCGGCAUGCAUUGCGGUAUGGAGAUCGUGCUACCGAACGGCGACGUUGUGAGGACCGGGAUGGGAGCUCUUCCUGAUUCUGAAAACACCUCGCACGGAAGCGCGAAUACAUGGCAACUGUUUCCAUACGGCUUCGGUCCUUAUCAUGACGGCAUCUUCACUCAAUCGAAUUACGGGAUUGUGACGAAGAUGGGCUCCAUGUUUUCCGUGCGAAAAGUCUGGCUCAUGCCCGACCCAGGCGGCCACCAAACUUUCCAAAUCACCUUCCCGCGCGAAGAAGAUCUGCACGACAUCGUCGAGGAGCUCCGGCCGCUGAAAAUCCGGGGCAUCAUCUCCAACGUCCCGCACCUCCGGCACAUCAUGCAAGAAGCGAGCGUGUACGGCGACAAGGCCUCCUUCUGGCCACACCCUGGGCCGAUCCCGCACUCCAAGAUCGACGAGGUGGUAGCGCCGAAGCUCUGGAUGGGUAACUUCCGUUGGAUCCUGUAUCUGUGCGUGUACGGGCCGGACGUGGUACGCAACGCCAACAUCCAGGUGAUCCGCGAGGCGUUCGGGCGGAUCCCCGGCUCCAAGGUCAUGUUCCCGGAGGAGACGCCGGAGCAUUCCUACUUACGGAGCAGGGUCAAGAUCUACAGCGGCACACCAGACCUGCGCGAGCUCGACUGGGUCAUGUGGCUGCCGAACGGGUCGCACACGGCGUUCAGUCCCAUCAGCCCGCUGACGGGCGCGGAUGCCGUCAAGCAGUAUAAUCUCACCAAACGGCUUCAUGAGAAAUGGGGGUUCGACUACUUCCCCACGUUUUGCCCCGGUGGGAGGGAGAUGCAUCAUAUCGUGAUGAUUAUCUAUGAUCGGAUGGAUCCGGAUUCUAGACGGCGCGCGAGAGCGUUGAUGGAGGAAUUGGUGGAGGAAGGCGCGAAGUUUGGCAUGGGUGAGUACAGGACGCAUCUGGCGCUGCAGGAUAAGGUCAUGGGCACGUAUUCGUGGAACAGCUCGGCGCUGCUGAGGCUGAAUAACACUAUUAAGGAUGCGCUGGAUCCAAAUGGCGUCUAUGCGCCCGGCAAGUCUGGGAUUUGGGGCCAGAGGUGGUCGAAUGAAGGGCUUUUACCUAGGAGAAUAUAA